AGACUAAAUAGACUACCGAACAUCAGAAGAGACGAGAGGGACGUCAGAGCGUUGCUAGCCUAGUCCGGACGUCAAAUCAUCCAUUCCAUUGCCUUUUAACCGCACCCACCAUCGUUCCCGUCUUCCGAGGGUUUAUCCUUCCCCCAACCACCUAGGGAACCGUUGCCGAGGCUCUUGGAGGUCCGCAGAAUCCUCGGUGGGCAUCAUGUCCGCCAAAGUGGUAUGUCCGCAACAUCCGGAUGCCAAUCUGAUCGAGGAUCACCGCGCGGGCGAUAUGAUCUGCUCCGAGUGCGGGCUCGUGGUAGGCGAUCGCGUGAUUGACGUGGGCUCCGAGUGGCGCACCUUCUCCAACGAGAAGGGCGGCGAGGAUCGCUCGCGUGUGGGCGGGCCCGAGAAUAAUCUACUCAGUGGCAGCGACUUGUCCACCAUGAUUGGCCCGUCCACCGGGAAGGCCUCCUUCGACUCGGAUGGCAACGCCAUGUACACUAAUCGCCGGACUGUGUCCAGCUCGGAUCGGACCUUGCUCAACGCCAUCAAGGUCAUUUCCAGCAUGUGUGACCGCAUUAAUUUGCCGCGCACUAUCACCGAGCGGGCUAACAAUCUGUUCAAAACGGUUCACGAAGGUCGGAAUCUGCGGGGAAGAUCGAAUGAGGCCAUUGCAGCCGCAUCUUUGUACAUCGCUUGUCGCCAGGAAGGCGUGCCUCGAACCUUCAAGGAGAUCGUGGCUGUGUCCACAGUGAGUAAGAAGGAGAUCGGGCGUUGCUUCAAGUUGAUUCUCAAGGCCCACGACGACACCAAUGUGGACAUCAUCACCACGGGUGACUUCAUGGAUCGCUUCUGCGGAACGCUGGGCUUACCGCGCGAUGUCCAACGUGCCGCCACGCACAUUGCCAAGACGGCCGUGGACUUGGAUAUUGUGCCGGGACGGUCGCCCAUUUCCGUGGCGGCAGCGGCCAUUUAUAUGGCCUCGCAAGCCUCGAGUGACCCGCGUUCGCAGAAAGAAAUUGCGGAUAUCGCGGGGGUAGCGGACGUGACGAUCCGUCAAUCGUACAAGUUAAUGUUGCCCAGUGCGCGACAGCUUUUCCCCGAAAAGUUCAAGUUUCACAUUCCCGUGGAGCAACUCCCGCAGAACUAGAGUUCCAUGGAUAACAUUACUCGUACCGCAAAAGCCACCUCACCACCU